AUGGCGUGGGAUCAUCUGGACAUCGAUAGGCCGCAUUUGGCUUACAUGAUCCUGGGCGGUUUCACAGGUCUGUUCAUGCUGUGCUCCUUGUUCGUCAAGGAGAAGCUGUACAUCGGUGAAGCUACCGUAGCCACGCUCUGUGGUAUCAUUUUCGGCCCCCAUGCGGCCAAUCUAUUCAAUCCACACGAAUGGGGAAAUAUCGAUAAGAUCACCCUUGAGUGCUCGCGAAUUGUCCUGGUCGUGCAAUGUUUCGCCGUCGGCGUUGAGUUGCCAAAGGCCUACAUGGAACGGCAUUGGAAGUCUGUUUCCUUGCUGCUGAUCCCCGUCAUGACCUGGGGUUGGCUUAUCACCAGUUUGUUUAUCUGGUGGCUGGUGCCUCCUCUGAACUGGCUGGAGGCUCUGGUUUGUGCUGCCUGUGUCACGGCUACCGAUCCUGUCUUGGCAUCGUCUGUCGUUGGUAAGGGAAAGUUCGCCAAGCGUGUCCCCAAGCAUUUGCGUGACUUGCUGUCUGCGGAGUCCGGGUGUAACGAUGGCAUGGCGUUCCCAUUCAUCUAUCUAUCCUUCUACAUCUAUCACUAUCGCCCUCAAGUCGGCGAGGUAUGGCUGAACUGGUUCUGUAUCACCGUUCUCUACGAGUGUAUUUUGGGUGCUAUUUUCGGCUUCACCAUCGGUUACGUUGCUCGCCAUGCGAUCAAGUUGGCUGAGCGCAAGGGAUUGAUCGAUCGUGAGAGUUUCCUGGUGUUCUACUUUGUGCUGGCUGUCUUCUGUGCUGGCUCAGGUUCUUUACUAGGCAUGGACGACUUGCUGAUUGGAUUCGCUUGUGGUGUUGGGUUCAGUAACGAUGGUUGGUUUACGGAGAAGACAGAGGAAUCUCAUGUCUCCAACGUUAUUGAUCUUUUGCUCAACUUGGCAUACUUUGUCUAUUUUGGAUCCAUCAUUCCCUGGGAGGACUACAACUCCCCUCAGCUCGGCCUUACUCCUUGGCGGCUGGUGGUGAUCGCGUUAUUGGUCCUCUUCUUCCGACGUAUUCCAAUCAUGCUAAUGCUCAAACCGAUAAUACCAGACGUCAAAACCUGGCGAGAAGCGUUAUUCGCAGGGCAUUUCGGUCCUAUCGGUGUCGGAGCGAUUUUCGCCGCUAUACUUGCUCGGGCGGAGCUGGAGCACGAUAAUACACAACCAUUGCCUGAAGACGAGCUCCCCCUGCCAGGAACCAGCAAUUACUAUGUUGUCAGGCUCAUUUGGCCCAUCACUACAUUCAUGGUCAUCACAUCUAUUCUGGUGCAUGGUUCGUCUAUUGCAGUUUUCACUCUGGGUAAACGCAUCAACACCUUGACUAUCACCCUAUCCUACACACAGGCCAACGAGGAUGGACCUUCAUGGAUGAACCGUCUCCCCCGUGUGCAGUCCAUUGCCAAGGGCUCCAUGUCCUUCCGUAAGACGGAGGAUACGGAUGCCUCAUCGGACGAAAAGCUUCCUGAGUACCCUCCCGGUACCUUACCGCCCAUCGGUAUGCCCGGCAACUUCCUUCGUCGGCAACGUGACGAGGAGGGAGAUAGUGAAUCACAAAGCCUCGAAUCAUCUCGUCGCAAGCCCUUGCGGAGACGUCGCCGUAAGCGUGCUGCUGGUGUCGGAGGCCCUAUUAGCCAGUCUGCUAUUAUGCCCGCUCCUCGGCGAACCGAGGAGGAGAUCACAGCCGACGAAGAAAAGAAAGAACUCGAAGAGCGCGAUCAGGUUGAGCGUGGAGCAUCUCCACCUCAUGCCGAGCGGGAUCGCUUCGGCCGCGAGCCAGAGAUAGAGGUUUAUCAAGAGGGCCACAACAUGAUCAUAGAGGAUGAAGAGGGCAAUGUUCUCGCAACUGAGGAUACCUCUCAUAUGUCACCGGAAGAGAAGAUUGCGCAUAUUGAAGCGCAACGCAAGCGUCUAGAAAACGAUAAGUCCGGAAAAUUGGCAGCAUCUGAGAGUCAACCUCACACGAAGACUGAGGGAGAGGAGCUCAAGCAGUCUGUUGAGGAGAAGGCUGGUACUUCAUACGGAAAGGCCCUCAAGAAGUGGACCAACUGGACCGGACUUGGAAAGGAUCGGGCCGCGGAACAGCCAGAGAAGGCAGAGAAGGCCGAUAAGAAAGAAAAGCCACCGAAGGCCGAUUCAGCAAAGCCGAAACCUCGUUCAGCUCAUGCAUACCAAUUCGGCAAUACUAUUAUUGUUGAGGAUGAGGAUGGUGAGGUGAUCAAGAAAUACACCCUUCCCGGCGGCAAGAAGGGCGAAAAGGGCGAGAAGGCCCAGAAGGAGCCCACUGUCCCUGGCGAAGCACCUGUCCGACGUGGUUUGACCCGCAUGGGAACCUGGUUCGGCAUGGAGGAAGAAGGUGAAUCUUCCCAAGCUGCUGGAGAAAAGAGGAAGGACGAUGACUGGACUGCCGACGACGGCAUUCGAUUCACUUUGGCCCAAGACCCUCAAGUCAACGCUCAAGGCAUUGGCCACAAGGGCCGACGUAUGAACAAGCAGGAAUUCUUCGAGCAGAUGAAGGGUCUUGAUGCCAAGGCCCGCCGGGAUCUGGUGCAGCAAACCGACGCACCAGCACCAGUUCAAGAAAAGGCCCAACGCGAUGCCAAGGAAGAAGUAAAGGCCGAGCAAAAGCAAGAGCGCCGCCUUUCUGCUGCCGCUGUCGCCGCUACUACCGGCACUAGCGCCAUCCCCGAAGACACCGAAGCUCUGGAUUCCGAGUCCGUCACCGAUAGCGACGUUACUGACGACGAGUAUGGCGACCACCACGGAUCCCCUAACGUGGCUGCCUCGCUAGCGAAGUUCUCCCGUGGCGGUGGUACAUCCGCCGCCCAAGAACGCCGCAACAACCUCAGCCCUGCACCACCCCGUAUGCGAGACCGGCCUCGCCGCGAUUCCGAUGAUGAUGGUACAGAGCGUAUCCCACCUUCGCGUCUCCGCCAAGCCGCCGGUCUGACCGCGCCCCCGCGCCAGGCUGACGACGACACAGGCGAGACCCCGGCCGAGCGUCGCCGCCGUCUGGCUGCUCUUGGUGUUGAGGGUGACGAGUCCGAGAACGACGAUGGCUCAGACUCGGAUGAUAAUGCCAUCCUAGAAGAAGACUCAGACGUCGAGGAGAACGAGAACAGCCAGUCGAGCCAGACUACGAGCAAGAACCAGAACCCUGAAACACACAAGCCAUCUGACAAGUCUUCUCCCUCUGGAUCUGGAUCUGGAUCCGGCUCCGGCUCCGGCUCCCAGUCUGUCUCCCGCCACAUCCCGCGUGUUUCGUGGGGAGGCGAGAAGGGACGUGAGCUUUAA